AUGGAGGACCGCCAGAUCCAAAUUGUCGCAGUGGUGACUGUAGGUUUGGUUCUUGCAUGGCUGAGUGUCGGAUUAAGAUGUUAUACGAGGCUAUUUGUAUCGAGGACUUUUGGAGCAGAUGAUUACUGUGCGGUCAUUUCUUUGGUGAGUGUAUUUGGAAAUACUGAUGAGAAUUUAAUCUCAAGUAAGCCUUGGCUAAUCGAAUUUACAGGUUGGGUAUACUAUCACAUCAGUUUUUGUAUAUCUUAGUGUUCAUUAUGGAGCCGGGUUGCAUACCAAUGAACUUGGUUUUAAUGGGUUAGUCAGUGGUGUAAAGGUAUACAUUAUGAACUGCAUUUCAUCUUGAUUUAAAAGAGAUAGAAAGAUAUUAACGGAAUUCAGUACACAAUUAUCGUUGAACUUACUUACAUCCUUUGUACAGCCAUAAUAAAAACCAGUGUCGGACUCCUCCUCUUUCGCAUAACCUCUUUCAGGCCCUUCUACAAAUAUCUCAUCUGGGCCAGUCUUGCUAUAAUUUGGGUAUGGACCAUCGCGACUUUCAUUGUUGGAUGCAUACAGUGCAGACCAUUGAAAGCGGCAUGGGAUCCAUUGACCAAGGGAAAAUGCUUGGAUGCUAACAUUAUUACAAACUUCGCAUAUGCUAUUUCCGCCCAGACAAUUUUCUUCGAUUGGCUAUUUGCUCUCUUGCCAAUACCAAUGCUGUGGGGUCUCAAUAUGAGCUGUCAGUUGAAGGUGUCGAUUGUGAUUAUUCUAGGUUUUGGAAUCAUGUAAGCAACGAAUGUGGCGUAUUUCAAGUAUCGGGAGCUGAUACGGGGGAUUCCCCUCAAUAGUGCAAGUUCUGCUACGAUAGUUCGUUUUAAGUAUUUGGUAGCUCUUGUAAAGGUUGGAGAUUCAUUGUGUAAGUCAAUUUUUCUGGAAGCCCCUCAGUUUAACAACACGUUCUCAUUUUUGCUAUUUAACUAACCUCUUCUUUUCGUUCAAAAGACUAUAUAACUCCUCUCUAUCUCUGUUCCACCAUCGAACUUGCCCUGGCCAUAAUUGCAGCGUCAAUCUCUACACUCCGACCCCUUCUAUGCAGAUGGCACAUCCUCGGUUUCUCGAACGACCGUAGUUCAGACCCUGCACCCGGGGGACCACGGUCGGGCUCUUGGGGAGGAUAUAAGAAACGACCUUUCAGCCCAAAUAAGCCGAAUGGAACCCCUAAAUCAGACGCACUACAAAGUCCACGGGAUAACAUACAAUCUUCGGAUUUAGAAGUAGAGCAGAUUUGGAGCAGGAAAAGCGAAGAGGGAAUUUUCCGAGGAGCAGACGAAGGUAAUGGGGAAAAUGGGAAUGUAGAUGGAGAUGCCAAUGAGUGUAGACGGAAAAAAGAAAACGAGGGUUUUGAAUUGGUUUCGAGACCGGAUGGGAAGAUUUUGAGGAGGACGGAUAUUCGGACGGAUUAUGAUGAGCAGAGGAUAAGUUAUAUUGGUAGGGAUAUGGUAUGA